AUGUCAUCGAAAGAAACGUUUUUGCUUGAAAAUCGCCGAAAUUCAAUUCUCGCAAACAUUAAAGAAACUACUGAUAAUGGUGAUUAUAGAGUAGGUGACUUUUUUAUUGAAGCUAAAAAAGGUUCCGGUUUAUAUCUUUUACUUGGUCGAGUUGAUGAUACACUUAUUCAUACCACUGGUGAAAAAACCAAUCCAGUACCAAUGGAAAAUACUAUUUGUCUUAAUAAAUUUGUUAGACAUGCAGUUGUCAUUGGACAUAAUAGACCACUUAAUAGUCUUUUAAUAGAACUCGAUUUUGAUCGUUUAAAAAAUACACCUUUCUUGGAAAUCACGAAAAGUAUCUUUGAUUCAAUUCAUCAAGCUAAUAUUAAUUGCCCAUCACAUUCUCGAAUCUUUGACGAAAUG